UAGGUUGUCUUUCUUGCUGGGUGUUGGACAAGGCUGAGGUGACUGCAGCUCCUUCUUGAGAGCUUCGGUUUCUCGUUUUUUUGUCUUCUCUACCUUCGCUCGUCCAGCUGUCUUUCAAUUUGCUUUGUCCAUACGUUCUCCAGAGUCACGGCUGCUUAGCUUGACCCUAGGAAAACUGACUUUACAGAUGACAUGCUUAAGUCACGCCUGCCAAGAAGUAUGAUCUGAAUGAACUCAUACAAGUUUUUAAAUGUAUUUUUAACCUAAGUUAUCAGAUGUCUACCAUUAUUUGUAACCUAAGGGGCUCAUGACACCAAAGGGGAGGGAUAAGAUGUGGCAACCUCAAAUGGUCUAAGAUCCCAUUCUUGUAUAAUUAUACAUAUGAAAUCAUUCACGUGCUGGCAGCCCCUAAGGGACUUUGCCAUCAUGCAGCAGAUGACUAAAUUAUUUCUCCGAGCUUUGAAGGAUAGUAUUCCUCAUCUUGGGAAGUGCAUGCAGAAACAGAAUUACUGUAACGUCGCUGAUCCUUGUUACAAUAGAAUAAGGUUGAAAAAGUGUCACCUAGCCAAGUGUCUGCAGAAUAAACCCAAGAUAUCAGAAUUAGCAAGAAACAUCCCAAGUCGGAACUUCUCAUGUAAGGAUCUUCUGCCUAUUAAGCCAGAAAGUGAAAAGUCCAUUUCUGAAAACAUGGAUGCCUUUGAAAAAGUGAGAACAAGACUAGAAACACAGCCACAGGAAGAAUACGAAAUCGUCAAUGCAGAGAUUAAACAUGGCGGUUUUGUUUAUUAUCAAGAAGGUUGCUGCUUGGUUCGUUCCAAAGAUGAAGAAGCUGACAGUGAGAAUUAUGAAGUUUUAUUCAACCUGGAAGAACUUAAAUUGGACCAGCCCUUCAUCGAUUGUAUCAGAGUUGCUCCUGAUGAGAAGUAUGUGGCUGCCAAGAUAAGGACGGAGGAUUCUGAAGCAUCCACCUGCAUAGUUGUGAAGCUCAGUGACCAGCCUGCGAUGGAAGCAUCUUUCCCAAACGUGUCCAGUUUUGAAUGGGUGAAGGAUGAAGAAGAUGAAGAUGUCUUAUUCUACACCUUCCAGAGGAACCUUCGCUGCCAUGAUGUGUACCGAGCCACAUUUGGUGACAACAAGCGCAAUGAACGGUUCUACACAGAGAAAGACCCCAGCUUUUUUGUUUUCCUCUAUCUUACAAAAGACAGUCGUUUCCUCACCCUGAAUAUUAUGAACAAGACGACUUCCGAGGUGUGGUUGAUAGAUGGCCUGAGCCCUUGGGACCCACCAGUACUUAUUCAGAAGAGAAUACAUGGAAUGCUUUACUAUGUCGAGCAUCGAGAUGAUGAACUAUACAUCCUGACUAAUGUUGGAGAACCUACAGAAUUCAAGCUGAUGCGGACAGCAGCUGACGCCCCUGCUAUUAUGAAUUGGGAUCUGUUUUUCACAAUGAAGAAAAAUACCAAGGUUGUAGACUUGGACAUGUUCAAGGACCACUGUGUUCUGUUCCUGAAACACAGCAAUCUCCUCUAUGUUAAUGUGAUUGGUCUGGCUGACGACUCAGUCCGUUCUCUAAAGCUCCCUCCUUGGGCCUGUGGAUUCAUAAUGGAUACAAAUUCUGACCCAAAGAACUGCCCCUUUCAGCUUUGCUCUCCAAUAAGACCCCCAAAAUAUUACACAUAUAAAUUUGCAGAAGGCAAACUGUUUGAGGAAACUGGUCACGAAGAUCCAAUUACAAAGACCAGCCGAGUUUUACGCAUAGAAGCCAAAAGCAAGGAUGGAAAGUUAGUGCCCAUGACAGUUUUUCACAAAACAGAUUCUGAGGACUUGCAGAGGAAGCCUCUCUUGGUGCACGUGUAUGGGGCUUACGGAAUGGAUCUGAAAAUGAAUUUCAGGCCUGAAAGGCGGGUCUUGGUGGACGAUGGAUGGAUCUUAGCAUAUUGCCAUGUUAGGGGUGGUGGCGAGCUGGGCCUCCAGUGGCAUGCCGAUGGCCGUCUAACUAAAAAGCUCAAUGGCCUUGCUGACUUAGUGGCUUGCAUUAAGACGCUUCAUAGCCAGGGCUUUUCUCAGCCAAGCCUAACAACGCUGAGCGCCUUCAGUGCUGGAGGCGUGCUUGCGGGGGCCCUGUGUAAUUCUAAGCCAGCGCUCCUGAGAGCCGUGACCCUGGAGGCACCUUUCUUGGAUGUCCUCAACUCCAUGAUGGACACCACACUCCCUCUGACACUGGAAGAGUUGGAAGAGUGGGGGAACCCUUCAUCUGAUGAGAAACACAGGAACUACAUCAAACGCUACUGUCCCUGCCAGAACAUUAAGCCUCAGCAUUACCCUUCAAUUCACAUCACAGCUUAUGAAAAUGAUGAGCGCGUGCCGCUGAAAGGAAUCAUAAACUACACGGAGAAGCUCAGGGAAGCUGUCGCAGAACACGCCAAGGGAGCUGGUGAAGGCUAUCAGCCCCCCAACAUUAUUUUAGACAUUCAGCCUGGAGGGAAUCAUGUGAUUGAGGAUUCUCACAAAAAGAUCACAACCCAGAUGAAAUUCCUGUACGAGGAACUUGGACUUGACAGUACUAAUGCUUUCGAGGCUCUGAAGAAAUACCUAAAGUUCUGAAAUGCUGCGUUUAGCUGGGAACUGGGAACACAUGGAAAUAAUAAUUAGUCUUAUUUUCAGUUGGUUUAGCAAAAGUGGGAUUUUUUUAAGUUAUUAUAUAAUUUUUUAAAAGUUGUUUCUUUGUGUAAUUUUGCUUAAUGUAUAUCUUGCUCAUACUGUCUCCCCCCCCCCCCCUCGCACACACCCCUUGGCCUGGGACAGUCGUCUCCAGUCACGCUCCUUAGUAGACUAUAGAGAAGGGAGCAGAAGGACCGGGCAGGAGAACGCCAGGCCUCCCGAUCAGUCUUCUAACAGAAUUGUCUUUUAAUAGAAUUUUACAAUUCAGUAUCCUUCCUCUUUGCUAGUGAAUAUUUUUAGGCACUGUGGCUGUGAGUCACCUUAAAAUUUCCACAACUCCACUUUAAAGAAAAAAAAUAGCAUUCUUCAUAUUUAAAUGCUUUAGUAUUCUGGCAUAAUCUUUUAAACACUUUAUUGUUCUUUCAAACAUUUAAGAAUCUUACCUAAAACAGUGCAUUCGUGCUACAGAAAUAUCUAAGAAUUGAUGCCAUUCAUGAGGCCCCGUGAGUACAUGAUGCCAAAACUUGGGAUGCAGGGUGGCCAUCCCUUAGGGAGCUGCUAACACAAGCUAUACAGAAUGUCCAGUACACUGGAGUAGCAUGCACGACUGGAAACAAAACAUUUGUCCCUGAAAGCUUCCUGGUGAUGGAGGAGCGUCUUCAUGCUAUGCUCCAAGAUGAGCCCCUCUCCCUUCUCCAGGGAGACGGCGUGUGUAUCAACAUCACUGCCUUUGGAGGCUGAGUUGGUACUUAAUCGUACUCUCAGUUUUGUAGGAAGAUCUGAAAUGAUUUCACGUAGAUUUAGCACAGUUGAUAAUUCUCCAAAAUUCAGAACCACAAGGAAGACUUUAUCUAUGCCAUCCAGCUCUCGUGUGUACACAACAGAGUGACUGUCGUCCCUCAGCAGGCAAAACCAGCCCCUGCUGAGAAGCAGCUCUCUGGCGUGCAGUUGACUCAAAUCCUGAUACAGCCUCAGGGCCGAGCUCGGCUGGCUCUUUUGAACCUGUUUUUCAAAAAGAAUAUUCACAUAAAUGUUUUACUUUAAGAAUUAUGCCUACCCCAGCCCCCAGAAAACCCUUGCUUCUGUUUGCCCUUUAACUGCCCAAAUAAGUAAAUAACUGCCCAAUUAUAAAGCAUUCAUAAGCAGUUUGUCCUAAAGUCAUAGGAAUUCCAAAUUCCAGCUUUCUGCGUGUCUGGGAAUGAUUUCAGUCUGCACUGUGCUCCCACACUUAGAGCUGCGGAAGCCUGAGCCGACUCCACGCUAGGUCAUUUAAGUUGCAAGAGAUGAAGUCACUGCUGUGUUGUAACUUCCAGAUGCCUGGAAGCAAAAAGCCACCAUCACAGGACUUGGCUCUCAUCUGUAGGGUGACCUGAAGGGCACUACUGUGCCGAGGUCCUGGGGUCCAGCGAACGCGGAUUCUCAGCUGCUGCAGAGCCUGAGGUGCGAGUCAGCAAAUCUACAUUUGCCUUCUUCCUGCCGGGCCGUGAAGAUAGUUUUGUCCACUAAAGAUGGGGGUUUAUUUUACAGCUACACCAACCUACCUGACUAUGCUGCUCUCCCUUUUUUUUUCUCAUAAGCACUUUCUGUCACCUUGUCCUUUAGGUGUCAUUGUCCGGCACAUAACGCUCUGUGACCGGGCUCACCUUGCUUCUGUUCCCUCCCAUGUAAGCAUUCACCUGUCUCGGAUGCUUGUAAUUGUCAUUCCCUCCUCCCUUUUACAUUAGUUAUUUAAGAUAGAUUAUCAGACAGGUAAUUCCUGUGUCAAAGGUAUACACAUUCAGUACAAAAUGCCAAAUUAUUCAUAGCUGUUGCCAAAUCAACAGUAAUGUUCGCUCCUGACACUUGCCGGUCCGUCUCUUGGGCGGGGCAGUUGUCGCUAUUUUAUUGUGAUUCUUUUCCGGUAGAUGCUUAGUAAUUUGUACUUAACGACUGUCUCGUGGAUGUUUAAAGAUGUUCGUUCUGUUAUCAGGCACCAAGAGCUCCUGGUUCGUGUGUGUGACUGUCUGUUGUCGCCCACUCUCAGUAGCCUAGCUAAUGCAUGAGGAACAGCUUGGUGCCACUCGCACGAGGGCCGGGACGCUGUUCUUUUCCUCUCGUGUGAACUCUUUCCCUUUACACUUCUCAAAGUACUCGUUUGGUACAUCUUGAAGCUUCAGCUAACAUGCAUAAAGAUGUGUGGACUCUUCAAUGCUUCUCACUGUUUGAAAACUGCAUUUCUCUCAUACACUGCUUUCAUAUUGAAUUCUAUUUUGUCUGCUAUUAAAUAUUUCCAAGCCUA